CACAAACGGGAUAUUGGCAUGGCGGCGAAAACAGCUGUCGUAUUCCGUAUACAGUGAACUAUCCUCGCGUGGCUGACGCUUCUACAGGUGUAAAGUGAGCUUGUGUCUACACAGGUCCUGUGGCGGAGUUGUUGUAGCCUUCAUUCGGGAUUCUGCGUAGCCGGUGUCAUCGCAACGAUGUCCAGGCGGCGGCAUGCGGGUGUGUACAUUUGGCGAAGGAGGUGUGUGGGGCGUUUUCCCGGCCGGCAUGCAUUCGGCCCGUUUGUAAAGUUGCUCCCACAGCAGUGAUGGGAUCUUUGCUGAUUGGACACGAUCGCAUUGUGCCUCCUACAUUCGGCCGGACACUCAAGAGUUUAAACUAGGCAAGUAGCGUGGUUGAUUUUUCGCAAAAGCUCGGGCUUCGUGUGGACGUCAGCGUAACCAGUACUGUUGUGUGUUGUGGCUGUUACUGCGCUCUAUCUACGGGACCUGCCUCGAUUCCUCCGUACUCCCGUCGAUUGUGUAAGUGUUCCUUGCGGCGGCAUAAACAUGGAUGACUCUAGUGACGGCCUCGACGGGCGGCUGCGAAGCGAUUCCAUCGCUACGGAGGACGCUGCGCUUGCGUUCGAUAUAGAGGAGCUGGACGACAAGGAAUUUGAGUUGCCACCCGUUGAAAACCCACCCACGUUGGAAAGCAUAUUGAACGAAGUAGAUGGAGGCUCUCUGAGUGACGAAGAAGUGCCCAACCAAGCACUCUUCCACGGAAACAGCGAUUCAGUCUCACUCGCUAGUGCCGACUCUAGGAGUCUCCCGACAGAAAGAGUUAGCGCCCGUCCGAGCAGCAUCUUGCGGCAUGUCAUCCUGCGCGGAGUGUCCUCCCAGCUGCGAUCAGCCGUGGAGCGGGUUGACUCUGGAAAACCCACUGCCAUGGCCGUCUCCUCGUUGAUAGCUGUGGGUACCUUCCACGGCUUGGUGCUGGUGUUUGAUCCCGAACAAGCGUUGAAGUGGUGCUUGGGCAGCAUACAGCUGGGCGAGCAGUAUGGUUCUGUGUCUGCGAUGGGCUUCAACAGCGACUGCAGCCGGCUACUCUGCGGUUAUGCCAAGGGUCAGCUCACAAUGUGGGACCUGACGAACGGAAAACUACUACGAACAAUCACGGACAUCCAUCCACCGCAGAUGGCCAUCCUGCAUGUCAAGUUUACGGACGACCCAACGCUUGCCAUCUGCAGUGACAGCGGUGGCUCCGUGUAUGAACUUAACUUCAGGAAAGUGCUCAACACCCGGACGUGCGAGUCGGUGUGCAUUUUUUCCGGAAGUCGAGGCGAGGUCUGUGCCAUGGAGCCGCUGCACGUGAGCCCCGAGGUGGCGCGGCACCCUGCCCAGGAGGUGUCCCUGCUGGCAUUGGCAACUGUCACCAAGGUCAUUGUGGUGACCGUGCGCCCGGUGCUGCGUGUACGAUUCACCCAUUCUCUCAGGGCAGACCCAAACACAUUGCCGCUGCUGAGCUGGCAGUUUGUGGUCAUCCAGGUGUCGGCUUCGACUCGGAUCAUCGACCCUGUGCUGGCCUUUGGUCGCCAGGGCACCAUAUACUUUUUCCAGGUCAACAUUCCAAGCUUUGAUAAGAUGAUUUUUGUGCCCUUACAGAAAAUACAAGUGCAAUACACAGUCCAGAAUUUCACUUGGCUGAACUCGCGAACAUUGGUGGCAUUAGAUACGUCGGAGAACCUUCAUGUACUUGAUGUCAGAUCACAGGAAGAACUUGAGGUGUUGGACAUGUCGGAUGUGCAGAUGGUCUACGGUACAAGCCAUUUCAAAGGGCACGCUACUGGUGGCAACGUCAGCAAGGCUAUGGUGGCUGCAGCCGAGCGGGCAUGCUACCAUUCAAUGGCAGGUUGUGGGGCCCAAGUGCUGCUGCUAGGUCUGACAUCGGUUCAUGUGCUAAGCCUCCGCACGUGGCUGGAGCGGUUGGAACUCCUGUGCCAGCAGCAGCUGUAUGCGGAGGCGCUCCAUCUGACGUGCAGCCUUUACCGAGACGAGGCGAAGGCAGUGUGUGGCCUGGUGGGCAAGAAGGUGCGCCGCCAGCGCCAGGUGGCCACUUACGCCCAGCAGCUGCUCGAGGCCCUCGCAGCUGGCCCGUCUGACCGAGUCCAACCCGUAGUGCCCCUCUGUGUCCAGCUUGCUCUGCUGAUCAGGGAGCAUGCGCCCGAUCUAUUAGAUAAGCUGUACACAUUGCUGCCGCUUGAGCUCAAAGGCAAGUUCCUAGACAGCCUUCCUGUGCAUGUGCUAGAUGGUGAGCUGCAUAACCCUAGCCCUGUGCUGGCCAAGGACUUGGUUGGCCAGCUGGCCAGCAUGGACCAGUUCGAACUCUUGGAACGUUGCCUCGUGUGCCUGGACGUGGCCUGCCUGGACCUCCACCAGGUGAUGACGCUGUGCUGGAAGCAGAGCUUGUAUGAUGGCAUCAUCUAUGUGCACAACCAAGCCUUGAAUGACUUCACCACACCCAUUAAGGAACUAAUGGCUGUGUUGUGGAAAGCCCUGGAAUCUGGCAAGCAGCUCACUGACAGCCAAGUGCUUUUGGGCAACAAGCUGUUGGUUUACAUAAGUUGCUGCCUGGCAGGGCGAGGAUACCCACAUGGGGAACUUGCUGCUGAUCAGGCAGCUGUGGUUAAGAAGGAUGUGUUUCAGUGCAUCACAUCCCUGCGGGGAUCAGGCACUGAUGAUCAUGGGACAUUUCCAUAUCUCAGGACAUUGCUUCAGUUCAGCACCAGAGAAUUCCUGAAUGUGCUGGCCUUGGCUUUUGAGGAACCGGAGUUUGCCACUGAGGCGGGGCUGGCUCAAAAGCAGCGAAUUGUCGAUAUCCUGCUUCAGAUUAUGGUUCAGGGUGAAGGAUUCCUGCCUACGCAGGUGGGUGCCCUGUUCACCUUCCUGGCCAGGCAGUUGGCACAACCGGACAACAACCUCAUCGUUGACAGGCUCCUGUUUGAGCAAGUGCUGGAGCAUUUGACACACCCUGGGGAUGAGACACAACAAGAGGAACGCCAGCAGGCCCUGCUUGAACUUCUGCAAGCAGGCGGCUUGGCUUCAGUCGACCAAGCACACCUUCUUGAUCUCGCCGAGCAGGCCCAUUUUUACCAGGUAUGCGAGUACUUGUACGAGAAACAGCGGCUGUACCACAAGGUUUUUCUGUGCUACUUAAACGACCCUUCUCGUGAGCUGCAGAGCUUCAACUAUGCCAUGCGCAUUUUCGCCAGCCCCGACGUGAGUGAGCAGGAGAAAGCACUUCUCGAAGACCAGCUCGUUAGGAGCCUCGAGGCCCUCAUGAAAGUGGACAGCGGGGCCACUUCACAGCUGAUGCUGCAGCACCUUGCCCACCGCGUGGACGAUAUCAUGCGCCAUCUGGAGGGCCAGCCGAGGGUGCUCUACCAGUUCUUGAAGGGUGUCUGGAAUAGCAGGGAAGCCUCCAGCCUGACUCAGAGUGCCAAAGACACAGAUUGCAUGGCUGCUGCAGUGCAGGAGCAGUACAUUGAGCUCAUGUGCCAAUUCGAGCCAGAUGCUGUGGCCCCAUUCCUUGUCUCUGCAGAAGGCUAUCGCAUUGAGGAGACUCUGGAGAUCUGUCGCAGGCACAACGUAUUGGAUGCCACAGCUUACCUGUUAGAGAAGACUGGUGAUGUCCAAGGGGCUUUGAACAUACUGCUGCAGUUCCUAGAUGCGCAGUUGCAGGCAUGUGCCCAGCAGGGCCCCAUGCGAGAGCAGCUGCUGCAAGAGGCACGUGUUCGACUUCAGGCUGUAGUGCAGCUGUGCCAGCGCAGCUGUCCCUUUCUGAGCGCGGCCGAACGUGAGGCCCUCUGGUUUCCCGUCCUCGAGAGGGUCAUGGCACCCCAGCGUCAGCUACGCUCGGCACUGGGCGCCGACAAGGACUUCCUAUCGCUGACCCACCAGCUUCUUGGGAGCAUGAUGGGCUUUGUGGCAUUGCCACACAUCCUGCACAAGCUCAUGCAGGAUCCAGCUUACAACACAGGCAAGUUUGGCGAGGUGCGCCACUUUGUCAUGAAGAUGCUGGAUACACACAAUUACGAGAAGGCACUGCUGCGUACCACCAACCGGCUGCUGAGCAGUGACGUGCACAUGCACCUACGCCAGCUCAAGGCAGCCGCCAACAGGGCGUACGUGUCGCACACGGCUGCUUGCGUUGCCUGCAAUCGAGGCUUCUCCGAGCCAGGUGGUGUCGUCAUGUUUCGUUGCAGCCAUUGCUACCACAAGGCCUGCCUGGAAGCCCUUGGUCCUGGGGAACAGGCUAGUGAAGUGUGCUGCCAGCGCUGCAGAUCACAGCCACUGGGACAACCCUUGCAGUGCCCCACCCAGGCUGCGUCUGGCACAUCACAGAGCCUCCCAGAUACAUUACAGCCAGUGCUGCUGAAAGACAACCUUCGGCUCCACCUUGCACCUGCGCGGCCGCCAGACAUCAAGCUGGACAUCUGAAGCAGCUCCACAUUGCAGGCACUCAGGCAGAGCUCUUGUGUGAAGAGAAUGCUGGAGAACAUUUACGAUGAACUGCUUAACAAAUGGACACGGCCUGCUUGGUUUAACCAAGUGAACUGUGCCCAGAGUGCAUUAAGUGGAAACAUAUUAGUAUUAUUUUAAAUGUUAGUGAGUAGCAGAAAUAAACAGAACUUGAAGCGGUAAAACCAAAAUGGUUCGCCAGUGCUAGA